AUGAUCGAUGGUCAUCUGCAAGGCGACGCCCGGAGGCACCUCGAAGUGCAGCUCCGCAACGGCGAGUGGUCUUGGGAACGCGCAUCGAGUUGCGGCACGACGCAGACGGGCAUGCGCGUGCAGGUGCCCACGCAUGAGGCCCAGGCCGCAAGCAUGAUCAAGAAGGCUCGCGAGGCGUCCGAUUGGGUGCAGGCAUCGCUACCCGGACGUGGUAUAUUCGACAUGCUAUCGACAUGCAUGCAUCGCGAUGGUCCCAGAGGAGGAGGAAGCGACGGACAUCCAAGCAACCAAGCGAGGACGCACAGGGGCACCGACGCCAGCUAA